UUCAAGACAAGUGCGUUAGACUUUGAAUAAAAAGAAGAGAUCAUCAGGUCAUGACCAACAAUGGAAGUGAGGAGUGGGUUCAGUAUUACCAGCAGAGCGUUGAUCCGCAGGCUGAAUUUGUUGACUCCACCAUUGUCACCUCCAUGAGCUCAAGCAACAGCACCGAUCAAAAUCCCGCCAACCCCGGCUGCAACAACAACAGCAACAGCAUCAUCAAGAGCCAAUCAAAGCCAACCAGAAGAAGAUCAAGAGCGUCGAAGAAGACUCCGACAACCAUCCUUAAUGCCAACACCACCAACUUCAGAGCCCUGGUCCAGCAAUUCACUGGCUGCCCUAGCACCUCCAUCUCUUUCGGGUCGACCCACCGCUGCAGCCCGCUCAACUUGAGUUUUGUGGGUUUCGGGCACGAGCAGCAGGUGGUCUCUUCUGCGGAGGCAUCUCUUCGGAGCGAUUAUUCCUAUGGUGUCCAAGUCCAACAUCAAGCUAGGCCAUCACAGCAGUUGCACCAGGAGCAAUCGGAGUAUGCGAGUAUGAUGAAUUCCUCAUUCAAUGAGGUAACCGACACUGAUGAUGCUUUUGCUUCGACCAUGCCGCUGUCUAGCAACUUCAUGGACGUCGCGACUGAGGAUAUCUUCAGUGGGUAUCCCAUGGACGAUCUGCCUUACCAAGUUUAGCUAGCUAGCUUCAUCCUUGAUCCAAAAUGGUGACAACCAACUAAAACAUACUUGGUUAGCAUGUAUUAGACACAGACCAGUUCUUCAAAAUCUUAAGUCGUUGCACAGUCUUACUUUAUCAGUACUGAAGAUGUAAUUUACCUAUAUAUGCCUCUAAUUCUGGCUUC